UGUGCCCAUUUUUCCAAACAUGACGAAAACAACACCAUAUAAAAACGCCCUUGUCGGCUUGCUCUCAUUAGCCUCGGUCCUCCCUGAUGGUACUACGGCUUCCGUACUGCCUCGUACCGCAGAAUGCCAAAGGAAUCAAUACCCAGGCCCCAAGAACCCCAGCUUCGAAACUGGCGAUCUGUCGGGCUGGACAGUCGUUAAUGGAGCAGCCUUUGGCAAAUCCUCUGUCACCACAACUGCCUCCUCGCAGCUAGGGACCGGCCCGUUCAACCAAGUUGGCAAGCAGUUCCUCUCGACAAAUCUGCAAGAUGGCGAAGCUGCCACUGGGACACUCCGCUCCAGCACCUUCAAGGCAAGCUCCGUCAUGAGUUUCUUGAUCGGCGGCAACUAUGAUCCCGCCAAUCUCUACGUGGGACUUGUCCUGGAGAAAGACGGCACUCUCCUGUUCAGCCAGACCGCAACCAACGACGAGGCCCUCAUCCGCAUCGUCUGGGACACCAGUGCCUACGCCGGCCAGAACGUCUACAUGGUUGUGGUCGAUACCAGCACCACUGGCCACAUCAGCUUGGACGACGUUCGAACUGGCUGCCACGCCCUCAAGGACGGCUCACACACCUUCAACAUCCUUGGACAGAGCAACCAGCCCACCAAGAACCUCACCGCUCUCGCAGCCGCUUCCCGCUACGCAGUUGACCCGACCCGUCCGCAAUAUCACUACACUCCCUACCAGGGCUGGAUCAACGACCCUGCCGGUCUGAUCCAGUGGGGCGGCAAAUACCACCUCUUCAACCAGUUCAACCCUGUCGCCCCUCUUUGGGGUCCCAUGUACUGGUCGCACGCCGAGAGCACUGACGCCGUACACUGGAGGGACCUACCAGUUGCCCUGACCCCGCCGUAUGUCAACAACACGCAGGACACCAGCGGGCGCUACACAGGCAGCGCCGUCAAGAACCAAGACACGGGUGCUCUGCAACUCAUCUACACCGACGCCACCAACGUAACCUACCACCCCCACGCCGUGCCCGAAGUCGUCUCCUCAGCCGUGAGCACCGACGGCAUCCACUUCGACCUCUACAACGGCAACCCCAUCGUGGCCGAGGCGCCUCCCAACUCUGCCGCCGGAUUCCGUGACCCCAAGGUCUUCUGGGACCCCACCGCCAACAACUGGAAGAUGGUCGUCGGUUCCGGUGACGGCCACACCGGCAACGUCCAGCUGUACAAGUCCACCGGCCCAUCCUCAUCCGAGCUUCUCUCAUGGGAGUACGUUGGCGUGCUGCACCAAGGCGACGGCAGCCGGGGUAUCAUGUGGGAGUGCCCCAACUUCUUCCCCAUCGACGACAAGUGGGUUCUCUUCUACGGCCAAGACAAGGGGUUCAAGGGGUGGUACGAAGUCGGCUCCUUCAACGGAACCACUUUUGUUUCCGAGAAGCUGGGUCUGUUCGACUCUGGCCCCGACAGCUACGCCACGCAGUGGUUCGUCGACGACGCCGGCCGCAACCUGGCCGUCACGUGGAUCAACAACUGGAACACCACCAAGUGGCCUAGCAGGGUCAACGGCUGGGCCGGCACGCAGUCCAUCAUGCGCGAGCUCUUCAUCCGCGAAGACGGCGGGCUCGGCCAGAAGCCCGUCGAGGAAGUGUCGCUCUUGGCGAGCGGCCCUGCCAAGUCGCUCGGUCAGACGGACGUCUAUGGAACCUACGAGGUUGGAUUCACAGACACGGCGCGCCUGCAGGCUACUGUCGACUUGGCCGCUAGCGAUGCGCCCGCCUUCACCAUUGAGCUGUUUGCUUCCAGUGCCGAGUCUACUUCUCUUGUUUACAACUUUGCCAACCGGUCGUUGACCAUCGACACUACGCAAGCUGGAUACGGUCAGGCUGGUACUUGGGAGGCCACCAUUGCCAAGCCGGCUAACAACCGUUUGUCGCUGGAUAUCCUGAUUGAUCGCUCGAGCAUCGAGGUGUUUGUUGGUGAUGGAACCGCCAUGACUGUCAGGGUGUUCCCGCGCUACCAGGAGUCCAAGAACAUUAGGAUCACCAGCGAUGGAGGCAAGAAGACUGUCUUUGAUGAUAUUGUCUUGACGCCGAUGGGGUCUGCUUGGGAAUAAAAGAGUUAGAAAGAAAUGUACAUGAUGUAGACGGAC